AUGAUCAAGGCCUGUAAGUCGGCAACGUUCUUGGAACGUCAAACUCCGGUGUUCCGGGGUUGAAAGUCUCUUGGUAGAAAAAAAUUUUGGACGGAUUCUAUUUUCUUGCGCUUAGCAACAAGCAUGAGGUCAAAUAAAAACGAACAGUAUUUCAGCCCAGGUCUAAUGUACUUUUAUAUGGGCGCAUUCUAUUAUCGCUGGUUUAAAAUUUCGGAAGAUAAAUACGGUCGUUCAACGUGCCCUGAAGACUAUCAGGGCGCAGUCCUCUGAAGGAUUAAGGCUCUUGGAGUAUGAUACACCCAGAUCCUUAAUAACCACUGGCAAAUUUAUGUCGUGACCACCAAUUCUUAGUUGAAGUUGGUGGUUGUUGCCAUCCACGAUGAAUGAGCACUUAUGCCAAGAGAGAGGAAGGCUCCAUGUGCGACACCACUGGACGAAGGCCUGUAGGCCGCACUUUAGGGGCUCAAGCACGAUGUCACGAUCUGCCGGCUUAUAUCUAUAUGCAACUUUCAGAUCAUCGGCACACAUGAAGGGCUUACCAUUCUUAAAUUAAUCUGCUACACUAUUAACAAAAAGGCAAAAUAAUGGCGGGUCGAGGACACUAACCCGAAUGACUCCACUCUUCACAUAUGUGCGGUUAAAGAUAGCAUUGGAACUCUCAACUCGUUGUGUGCGAGUGCCCAGGUGAGAGGAAAUAAAAUUCAGAUGUUUGUCACCUAUUUCGGAAGUGGACAGUUUCAAGAGUAAAAGAGCAUGGUCAACACGAACAAAAGCCUUAGUAAAAUCGAAAUAGACUGUGCAAAGUUCAAAUAAUUGUCCCUAGAUUGGAGAAAACGGUCAAAUAAUGAGAGCUGAGAGGUGUCACAAGACCAACCUUUGAGGAAUCCAUGCUGUGCAGCAUUUAUUAUGUUAGUCUUUGUUAAAUGACACAUCAUCUUCUCUUUAAUCAAUGCCUGUAAGAUCUUCGCAACUACAGGAAUGGUGUUUAUUGGCCGAAAGUCAUCAAAUGACGUGGAUUGGCCAUGCUUGGGAAUAGGCAAAAUGUGUGAUUCCUUCCACAAGGUGGGAUAGGUUUCACUUUCAAGAGCGAGAUUAAAUAUCUUGCAUAAGAGGAGUGGGAAAAGUGCAUUUGCAUCCGCUUUUAGAAUGCUUACCGGGACACCAUCAGGUCCGGGGCUAUGCGGUUGACGGAAACGACGAAGCGCAAUAGACACAUCCCCCGGAGUGAAAGCUCUAGUUCCGAGAUGUGCCCCGUUCAAUGUCUGGAUGGUCGGACGCAGGGUGGCCGAGUUUUUAAUAAAUAUUUUUGACAGGAAAGCGUUGAAACUAUUAGCGGUUAACUAGGCAUCAACUAUAGGAUUCCUGAGAGCGUCUCGGAUAGUGGGAUCCUGCGUCUUAGCCCGCUCAAAAAUAUCAAAAAUCAAGGGCAGAACGGAAGGGUUCCUUCUGAAGAUGGAGUCGACGAGAAAGUCUUCGCCACUUGCGGCGAAAAGAUAAGGGUAGUAAAACCUCAUCCCCGGCAUUAAUUAUUUCCUUACAGGGGACGAAAUGAUAAAUAAGCGGAUCCAAAAUAUCGUACAGUUUAUCAGUGCGAAAAUUUACAUCCGAACUUAGGAAGAAAUCAGUCCAAUCGUGGGAAUUAAGGUGUGUUGAUAAUUCGGUCGGGCGAGCUGAUCGGAAAUCGCGGAGAAAUCUGUACUUUGGGGACUCCGUCUUUUCAGCCUCCAGUUCUAACGCUGAAACAACUAUGUCAUGGUCUGGGCCCCCGAGUUGACCUAGUGGUGACAGUGAAAAAGGCACUCAACCUCUACAGAAAAUUUGGUCAAGUAAACUUGGUCCUCGGGUAGGAGAAUCGACGGCCUGAAUCCAUAUUCCAAGGCGUUGGGUAACGAUAGACACAGCCAGGAGUAAGGAGAACCUAAUUUUAGUCCAACCUGAAACCAGCAGUUGCCUACUACCGCGGAGAAAUGCAGGAGGUCCAGCGGCAGAAAUGUGAGUGUUUGCUUAACGUAGACACAGCUGCCCCCACCACGGCUGACUUGACGAUCAUUUCGAAUGUACGUAUAGCCUAGAAGUGAGGGCUGGAAGUCAGCUACGGAAGCUGAUGCCCAUGCCUCAGUUAGUAAAACAAUAUCUGGACAGUGGACGAACACGCUUGUCUGAAGCCAAGGCACCUUACUUAGCAAGGAUCUGGCAUUCUGAACAAAAAUGUUUGAGGGGAAAGGCUGCUUGUUCCUGAGAGAUGUGGGCUACGCCGUCCAGUGCUUGUCUGCCCACGGAACACAUGGUCUGGAUGUACCCAUCCGGUUUUGCAAAAAAUUCUGUGGCAUGAAAAGAUUCGGACGCGUAUAAAAAUUAGUGACUCUUGGGGAGUAAAUGACGGGCUGGAAACUGGUAACCAUUGGUAGCUAUCUCAUUUUCAGCUGGAAAUCCACUGUUCGGAUAUUGUAACGUAUUCCGGCCGGGUCGAAACUGAGGAGCGGAUAAGUUAAGUGAUCCAGUAUAGACAUUAGCACGAGGAAUGCAUUGGUAAAACGGUAAUGCCUUUCUCGGUAAUAUUAGUCUGCCUAUAUUAUGCUCCGCUUUGCGGCUGAUAGUUAGGCUAGAGAGAGAGAGACGUAAGGUCUAACAGGACGAGUGGAUUUCUUUACACGAUCGCUGACCACUCCCUCUGCUAAUAAUAAUUGUGUAUAGAGCCAAUUUGCAGGCGUUACCAAAGAAAGAUAGGACACGAAUCGGGCUAGCAGACCAGAAAGGAAUCAGUUAAGAUUUUAUCGAACGUUUUAUGUCAUCAUCCUUUUUUCAUGGUGUUAGGACUCGUGCUACAAACAGGGUGCAUGGGAGAACAGUUGCUCAUUGUCGGCUAAAGAAAUAGUCCGUAGUGUUGUAGUCUGUAGGUCCAGUAUCAUUUUCCAUAGGAUGAAACCUGCAGGGAGAAAAGAGACCACGAACUUAACACUCAAACAUUUUGGGAGCUUUUGGAUGCAAAAACUAGUGAUAGUUUUCUUUGAUGCAUUGUCAUAAAGGGAAUGUCGAAGUCUGCUUCCGACAUUCCUAAGGAUAGAUCACAUCGGGAUAUUCAAAUAUUUCAUCAGUUGCUCAGAUCGCCCAUAAUAGGAGAAAAAGUCUCCAUACUGAAGUCUUCCAGGAUGAGUCGAAUAAAUGAUCGAAACAGUGAGUCAGACCGGCUGAGACCGCUCUAAAAUGUCUUCCACAAUGUAAAACAAGGACAGCUAUUAUCGAGCUGGAAAUCGACACUAAAAAUACGCACAAAACAGCUUUUCGGCAAGAUAUUUCUCAACUGGGGAGAGAAAGAAAUGGAGAGGUCUCAAAGCGGAAGUCCACAAGAAGUCCAGCAUGUGCGAGAAAAAUCUCAGAAUAUUGAACGGGAAGAUCAUACAUGCCCAGAGGCCAUUGCUCUGUAGAAGGCAUAAAACCUUAAUUGUAGGAAAGUUUUGAAGAUAGAAUCUUUAUUUACUUAGUCAACGAAAUAAGUUAUCGACAUUAUAUGAUGUUAGCUCACUGUCAGGUUGAUUUGUUUCACAAAAAUGACCAGUACUUUCAAUUCGGUGUUUGUUCGGAGGUCAAGCGCAUGGAAUUAAUAACGUGUAUCGUUGUGAUUUAUAUUAUUGCAGAAGGCCCCUUUUCUUUAGGCACCAGCACAGCAAACCCAGAUGAUAUCAUUCCUGUUGAUGUUGCUAAUUUGAACUCCUCUAUUUGCAACAUCGUAAGGCGUAAUGUCUUCUACGCAUUUCUAUAGAAAUUGAAAAUUAAUGGUAUCAAGUACGAAAACGUUUCAUCUGACAGCAAAGACCGCAGGUACGCAUCUGACUGUCUUAAAUUACCUGCUCCAACAAAUGCAUUUGUUUGCGACUUUGGAGUCUCGCUUGACCAGUUUGGGGGGGUUAUGUAGAGCCCUCAUGCAGACAAUUGUGCGUGGUAUACUUCUAGUGAUCUCUUCGCCAUGAUUGGCGGCUCUCCGCCUAUGCUUGAUGUCGAGACCUCGAGUAUUUCUUCCUCCUAGGCUUUUUUCUUAUGGAUCUCUAAUCGCAUUCAUUUUGUCGUCGAAUGUUCCCUACCGUUGCAACUAUAUAUGAUUUUAGGGUUUUAUACAUGUGAUUGGGGAGUACUCUCCAAUUACGGCUUCCUUGUAAGUUGGUUAGACUACAAGCCGAUGAUUUUCCGAUCUUUCUUCAAGGCUACUCUUUCGAGCACAACUACAAGUUGUCUCGAUGUGCUUUGAAGAUAUCUUCGAAAUAAAUUGUAUGACAGUACUCAGUGUUAAUAGGACUUAAAAUGCGAUUCCCAGGUGGCAUAUCAAAAAAUGGAGGCGUUCACCGGAAGAGGCGUAUUGGAGGUCUGACGUUUCGAGUAGUUGUUUCUUCUAAACACCUUAAAAGAUUGGGGAGUCAUGCACACAGCUCUCCUUAUAUGGCGCACUUUGUUAGAUGCCUGGCUCGCCAAUGCUAUCUGUGUGGCUGCAUCCUACCUGCAUUUCACUAUGACCUGAAAGGCCCCUGUCCUCGUCGACCGCGGCGAUUGUUCACGACCCCGGUUGUCUCGCGCCGUGACUGUCCCCCUGUCAAGAAGAUGGGUAGAAGAAACGACUACUUGAAACGUCGGACCUCCAAUACACCUCCCGAUGAACGCCUCAUUUUUCUUUUAGUAUCGAGUGUAUUUUGAAUGCAAACAAGGCGAAACAACGACCGUAAGAGCUUACAGAUGGUAAUAAUGGCAAGGGGGCAGCCUCAUUUGGUAGACUACUUCCGCCCUCGCGAUGAGCAACAUCUCCAAAACAUUCUCUCAUGACACGGUUCAUCACGACAUGGACAUGCUUCUUGAGCCUUCGAUAUUCGGUCUCCGUCGCUGGUAAAAUACGUGAGAUCGUCGAAGCCGGCCAGAAUAGGCAUCACACAGUCGUACCAAGUACAAGUAAAAUGUAAUUUGAGUAGUUGCAGUGGAGCCUGCCUUUGCUCUCUCUGUGUAAUGCACUCGCCCUGUCUUUUGGAAAAAUAACUUAAAGUACCGGCGUGUGAUUGAGACACCACACUGUGAAUAGUCGAACUGGCCUUACUUGUAUCCUCCAUUGCCGCUACUGCCUUAACCGGUUUCACAUUCUGAUAUAUCACGAACAAGUGAAGCGUCUGGCCGUCUUUCACGUGCUAGGCCUUCCGCAGUCGUUUUUCACUUGUUAUUCUGUCCCCAGACACCGAAAGCCGUCGGGUUUAUCAUUCGUCAAGGUGUGAAUAAAGCAGAUCCGUCCACGUUUUCGGUUGGCCAUCACGGAGGUGGCGUCGACAAACAGGAAUUAGGGAACUAACAUUGCGCACAAAUUCCCCUUUGGGUUGAAGAGGUCGUGAGCGAACCAUUUGCGUCGCAAGCUUUGUGUUUUGUCGUUGACAAGUAUUUGGCAUUUCCAUCGGGGACUUGGCUCGUCAAUAAAAAUACAAGACAUUGUGUAAGCAUCAUUCGUCAAGCAUACGGUUAGCAGUGCGUUUAAUCCCCGUAGAAUAAGAUUGCCUCGUUAGUAGCCUCUCAUACUCAUAUUCCUUUUUUUGCCGAAUUUUACGGCGAAACCACCGUCGCCAUCAGGGCUUAGGACUGUCACGCCGACUGCUUUUUUAAGUGUAACAAAGCCCGAUGACGACAUUGCGACAUGCAGACCAUUAACCGGCACAAAAUAAGUCUGCUUGUUACCUCUGCCUUGUAGGCUGUUGAGCCAGAGCGCUGGAGGUAAUCUCGGACAAACAAUCGGGGCAGCUGUUGGGUACCCGCUUGUACUCAAAAUCCUCAAGGAACGUCAUGAAAGCGUCAGAGUCAAGUAUUUUAAUCCAUGUUACGGUGUUUGCGGGAGCCGACGCGUUCCUCUACUCCGGUCCGUUUAUGAGAACGAGUUACCUGCGACCUAGACUGCUUAGUGGGUGGCGGGACUUUGGUGUCGGAUGCUAGAAUGUGCGAACUUUUAUGGACCCUUUCACCUACGGUCUGACAUAUAUGUUUGCUGCCGGUUCGGAUUCCGAAUCUCCUACCCGAACUCGCAGGAUAUCAAGAUGCCAUGCUAUACCACGGCUCCCCAAAAAAAUCAUUAUCGUUUGCCUUUUUGCGUCAUUAUCUAGCCGGCACGGCAAAGGUAUUUGCUCACUAUUUCAAGAGCUGGUUGGAAGGCUCUUUAGUCUUGAUCUGCCGAUUGCCGCCGAAGACUGGACUCGCCGACUCCGCAGUUACCAUUGACUGCUUUGGGCUUUUCACUCGAUGCGACAAGGGUGGUGAAAUUUGUUUACCAGAAUUAAUAUGUCGUUACUACUCCAUGUGUCCAACACCGCCACAAAUAUUUGCUACCCUAUAAGUGAUCUAUGUGAUCUUGUCGGUGCGAUUGACUGGAACGCCCGUAUGUGGGAUUGCGAUGCGUCUGCACAGUGUGACCUUGACCCCUACGCUGCGAAAAACCCUUGGAAGAGUUGCGAAAGGCUUAUCAACCUUACGGCAAUGAAGCGACUGAUGGUUGUAAAUACGUGUUGGCGAUCCCUUGGCAAAAUUUAAGUACCGGACAUUGCGCGAGUGGCCACAUUCGAAAGCAGAGUAAUUACACGUCUUUUCGGACAUGCUGGGUAAACUCUGUACUGGGUCCUUGCAUAGUGUGUGGCGCUGGUAUGGCCAUAAAAGUAUUGGCGGUGCUUAUGUUUGGCAGAAUAACACUACCGACAAAGACUAGGGAGACUCGAAUGACCAUUUCUGGCCUACUAGCUGUCGUGAGCAAGCGGUACCCAACCCCGAGGUGUGCGACCCCUGGGACUCGGUCCCGCGACCUGUUGGUUGGAGGUCCAACGCCCUAAUCACUGAGCUACCAGCUCGUUGUCCUGUCGGUUGCGACCGGGCACGUACAAUGGUAGAGGGACGCUCACCGAUCGUGUUACGGAACUAAUUCGUCCCGUUGUGCCUUGAGGUCCUCUCGAGCCGCUCUAGUUUGGGUUCGUCUGCGACUGAUACUGCGUGUCGUGGAGGAGGCGUGACUCACGAGGAAGUGGGACGUCAACCGCCUCAAAGUUCCUGUUUCCGCACUGGCAUUACGACAAUCGCCUAUAACGUGUCCCCAGUCAAAAACAAUUGGCCCACACCGAUCAUUUUCCCAAGUGCCAUACGGUAACAUUUGGGCCACAAUAGACGUCGCCACGGUUAUUAGAUGUCUGACAAGACCUUAUAACUGGUCAAUUGUGUAAGGGCUGCUCAUCGUCGUGACGUUCUAAAUAUUGGGACUUACGUCGUGAGACCAAGUGCCCUGUACGGCGUGACCACAACGAGUUUUGGUGUUAAAUUGCCCGAAACCACUUUAACCGCCGUGCAGUUUGAAGACGUCUUGGUGUCUUUUGUAGAACUGACUGCAGCCAGCCGUCUGUGGAGGACGUUUUUGAUACAACAGAUAAACUAAAGGACAGGUCACCUGAGAAUGACUGCUUUUUAGCUCAAGUCUGCAAGUGAUAUUUGACAGUUAUAAUUGACCGGUUACGCUGUUUUCUGGCCGACAUUUGAGAAACAGAACGCGUACCCAUCGACCGAAACGUCAUUAUCGUUAUAUGAAGUCUCUAUACGCAAGUCGCUGCGUAGGAACUGAUGUGAAAUAGGCCUUUUUGGCACUGCCGCUAAACCUUGCCGUCGUCGUUUUCGAUUGCUGUCGUUUGUUCUGCAAAAUGCGAUUAAGUAGAAAUCAAUACAAAUUUUGGUCAAGGCAACUAUACUUUGAUCAGCACUUCCUCCUUUGCUGAUCCCUCUAGUGCAGCUGCUUCUACCACUAGCCCACUAAUUUACACUUUAUUCUGCCUAUAGAGAACCAAUGUAUUCUAUCGUGCUGCAUGAAAAUCUGCCACCGAAGUUACCUCGUUGAAUCCGAGCUUAUAGGGAGGCAGGUACCCAAGUCCGUGUGAAUAGUAAGGAGUGCGAUUUCUUUGAUGCAGCCUUCGGCCUGUGUUAGGAUUGCAUUACUUCACCAUCACUAUCGUUACGCCAAAAAACACAUACCCCCCUUAGACCGUAACCCGUAUUAAUCGCUUUUUGUACGUGGUUUCGGCACUCAGACUAUGCGCUUAUGCCUUAGCGGCGUCCCGGUCUCCUCUUCAGGUCGAAUCCACAGUCUGGCAGGGCUGUAUCAGAACGUAGUACCGGAAAGCGAGUAUGUUCUGGCACUAAAAUGUUCCAACCGUUUUAGUGUUCAUACUCGCCUCUCAAGCUUUCGAGCGUCUUGGAUGUCCUGACAGAAAGUUGUAUUGCUGUUUGCUUGCCUCCUCACAUCCAUUAUGCCAUGCUCCUUGCCUCUGACUGUUUUUGUGUUCUUCAGCUAUUGUUUCCACCCUUCCUUUUAGUUUCGUCACCGUGGUUUAUAACAAGAUCACAAAAAAAGUUGAAAUCUUCUCUCGCCCUCCAGAGUUUCUGGCUCCAGUGUUUGGUUAGUCACGUGCAAUUUUUGGGCUAGCUGAAGUUUCCUUCAGAUGUGGAGACAAUCGAUGAGCCCCCGGAUCAGCUUCCUGUCAAUGUAAUUUAGUCUAUUUUAUGAAUGGCACUUAGCGUGUAGAUCUGACCUUUGCAUUUGGAUCAGCCAAACGUCAAAAACUCCUGAAGGAAUAUGAUCGUAAUUUGGACCGAAACAAGGCAGUCGCUGAUGCCGCUGUCCUCCAGCGUGCUGCAUCUGGUCAGUCUGAAUUGCGAGCAGAAGCAAAGGCCGCAGGCAAGUAUUCCUUCUUACCUUAUAAAAAGCACUAAAUACUGCUUUCGCAUGAUGUUCCGCCGACGAAACAGUGUUAGCACUGGCUGUGCAACGGCCGAUAGCUUUUCCAGAAGUGUCGCUGCCUGGAGGGCUUGUUGCAAGCAAAUCCACUGCUAGUUCACCGAUCUGUCCUAUUUUUAGGGUGAUUUCGUUCUGCCUGAGAAUGUCAUACUUAAGUUCUUAGUAAAGGGUCAGAAUUCGUCAACUUGACGUCCCUCUGCACAGGUGCCAAGUGCCAAACAUGUGUGAAUUGCGCGUGCAUGCUGGAUAACAAGUCGUGAGGACGAAGUCCUCGUUUGAAGUAACGUGUGUGACAUAUGGCGAUAUGUACUGGCAAUAAACGCGCAGUGCUGAAUUUUCUGAUAUUCUGAGUGACGCCUACAAGCCAAAAAACGGAUUUCCGUGUACAUGUACGGCACCAUUAACAGAAUAUGAAUAGGAAGGAAAACAUGCAAACUUCAACAGUGGCUAUCCUUGUCAAAAUAUUCCUUAGUCAAUAUUCGAUGGAGUCGAAUUUCGAGUUCAAUGUUGAAAAAAGAGACCAGUCAAUUAAAAGGACGUAAUUCAUGCUUAAAAGGGGUAGGAAAAUGUCAACGACGGGGAGCAGAGUCGGAAGCACUUGGAAGGUGGACGUGGAGAAUUCCAAAUUUCGACCAAAAGGAUGUAACAUGUGGCUUCUACGAUCCACUACCUCGUGGAGGAAGUGUUUUGUUACUUGAGUGGGGAGACUAUCCCCGUGGCAUAGUCGAAGUGAGAAUGCUUAGCGCUGCCCCGUAAAUUCAUUUGCAAUCCUCCUUGGAUCUGCAGCAUUUGUGAAUGCUUUCAUGUCGGACCUAUACUCUGCCACUGUGCGUCUGCCCUGGUAGAAUGGCAACUUCUACAUUAAUGACCCUUUUGUAAGCAUAUUUCAUAGAUGUCGACAAUUCACUUUGACACAACUGUGAAAAACUUGGCUCCUCGGUGGGAUUUGAACUCGCGACUUGAAGGGGAAGGCUGCCGUGGGUUAGAAUUUUUCACAGUUGGGCCAAAAUGAAUUAUUCAAAAUCUGCCAUAACACAUAUUAAAAGUCUGUAAAUCGAAUCCACCAAACGCGCUUCUAGAGGAAUCGCCGAGGACAUAUCCUGGAUCGAUGUUCUGCCUCUGUCGUCGCCGCUGGGGCAGUCGCGCUUGAGAAAUCAAAUAUUUUCCUGGUUUCUGCUCUCUAGUGGGGACUGAUGACACGAAGAUCUCCCUCCCCAAGCCAUUAGCCAGGAAGAUAAAAUUUUUUCAUUGUAUUCAGUCCGCCGACUCCAUUGCCAGUCAGUUUAUUUAGAGCAAAUGACGGAAGCCCUUGAAAACUCCAUUUAAACAAUAUAGGUCUGCAUAAAAAGCAACUUAGUUUCCUAUCUUUGUUGAGUAUUCUAGUAUGUGAAAUGCAUAAGAUUAAUUGUGAAGCAGGAGUGCUAAGGUGGAAAAAUUACGAAGUAACAUCGAACAACACAUUCACUGAAUCUGCAUUUAAUAUGUUCGACAUUGGGAAAUCUAGUGUAAGCAAAAUUGCCUAUUGAAAUAAAGAUAGUAGCACGUUUAUAGUCAUUGUAGUGUCUUAUUAGGUGGGAUUUGUGCCCCUAAAACGAGCCGGGCGGUAGUUGCGCUGGACCAACACAGGUGAGUGGGAGUCCGGCAGACGCAUCCAUAACAAAUGCCAACGUUGGAGUGUGUUGGCAACCCCAGUUACCGGUUCACUGCGCGCCAACUGGGAUCCGUUCCGCCCUCUCCCCUCUAUUUGUAUUGCGGCAUAGGAUCCUAGUCAGUGUACGUUGUAGAACAAAGGGUGUAGUGGUACGCCUAGGUGCGUUUUUACGCUGUUCCAGCCACCUGUGCCCUCUUUCACCUCCGGCCUUCUUGAUUCUGUCUUGACACCGGAUUCAGGUGGUGGAGGAGAGUGUGGUAGGUGCUGUGCAAAUCCCAUAUCAUUAUAAAGUAAUUCAUGCGCAUUUCAACGUUUCUGCUUUAACUCUACUGUGGAGCAUAUGUUCAACAACGACGGUCGAAAUGUCGAGUAUCCAACUGCCUCUUACACACGGUGGGGGGAUGUGCGACAUAUAUUGGUAAAGAAUUCCACUGACGAAUAACUUUGCGAGAGAAAGGGGGAUUAAUUGGUGCGGUAGCCCACUUUUAAGUUGGUAGUAACGCCGUCUGAGAUUUAUCUCUGGUAUCAUUCCGGAAAGACUUUUCCAGCCCCGAUCAAGAUUAAAUGCCCUUAGAAGCUGAAACGUUAUUAUGAGGUCACCUCUGUCUUGUCGAUAGCGGAGGGGUAGAAGUUUAAGGCGGCCAGGCGCCGCUCGUGCGUCAAAUUUCUCAGUUUCUGAACAGCGUUUUUAGCACGUCGUUGUACAUCUUUACGAACACCUGUCUUUCCAAAGCCCCUGCCGCCACACCUUUACCGCAUAAUCCAGGUGCGACCGCGCAAAUGCUCCAUAUAUACCUUACCAAAGAUAUUCGCAUCCAGGUUUGCAAACUUCCUGCGUGUCGCACUCAUGGUUGACAUUGACCACACUGCGAGUGCAGAAUACUACGUUACCACCCUUUAAUCGUCUUUAACGAAUACCUCAAGACCAUCUUGCAUAUUUACGGCUUUAAGUUGUUGAUUUUUCAAGAGAUACUGUCGUGGGAGUGCAUUCCUUCUGCGUCUUGCUGCCAUUAUUUGCAUUAUCACAGUUGUCGACAAUGAAUUUCAUGCUCUAGACCUCGUCCCAUGUCUGCAGCUCGUCUAUAUCCUGUUGAAAUAUCACGGAGUCUCCCUCUUCAGUUAUCACCCUCCAGAGCUUAAGAUUAUCUGUGUAGACUGCUGUAUUGGACUUCACUUCCUUCACUGCAUCACUUACGUAGAUAAUAAAUUGGAGUGGCCAAAGAACUGAUCAUUGUGGGAGCCCAUUUUUUACAGGCACCUAUUCUGAGCAGCAGCCACCCGUAGUAACUUCUGGUCUACCUUCGGUUGCGAAAUCAUGAAUCCAGUUCAGGAGGUCUCCUCUUAUCCCUUAGUUUGCAUGAGGCGCUUUGUAGGACGCAAUCAAAGACCUUGCUGAAGUCAAGGUAAAUCACACCACUUGAAUGCCCUUUGUCCACCGCCGUUAGCCAAAGCUCGGGCGAUGCAAUGAGGUUUGUAAGACAGGACCUCUUUUCGCAGGAACCAUCCCGUGUUGAGUUGAUUUGAAAACGUAAUGCAUCAAGCGAUGUGAUUGAUUUUCCUGAUUAUCCUCUCCAUUAGUUUAUAGCAGAUGCAUUUCAGGCUGACCGAGCGGAAGUUAGUGGGAUGCAACUAUAAUCCCCCCCCCCUGUGGGCGAGUACGGCAUUUGUCAAUUUCCAUGUAUCAGGAACUUUACCAGCUUCAAAUGACUUUCGGAAGAUGAUACACAGUGGUUCGGCUAAUUCUUCUCCUAGUUGACGUUGGAGUAUACCUGUAAUCUUAUUUGGUCCUGGUCACUAGGCUGAAUUUAACUUCUUCGGUUCGACCAAAACUAACUCCGUGGGUUGGUGACGAAUUAUGACAGAGAGCUGGGAUGGGGAGGCGAUUCAGUGGUAUAAGCACUGGGGAUAUUCAGAGAGAAGCUCGGUUUUUUGGAGGCCAUCGUUCACAAUCACGCUGUUUUUUUUAAAGGUUGGGGGAUGGUUACGAUUCUUGGUGUUCCUUCUUAUAUAAGCAUGGAAUACUUUGAGUUUUUGCGAUGUCUCUCCCACAGGCCUAACUUCAUAAGAUGCACGUGCAUCACGGGAGAGUUUUUGCGUAAAUUGCGUUGUCAUCUAACGUACCUAAGCCUUCCUGGGCCCUCCUUUCCCUUCAGAUCUUUACCGCGGUCCUCGACCAUUGCGGUCUGCUUCGUGAGGGGACAGUACCAUUUAAUCAAGUUUUUCAUAGUUACGUCAAAGCUCCCACAACAUUCGUUGACAUCCCGUGAAGCCUCCGUCCACCGUGUGUCUAAUAGCCGAUUUCAUCGCCCCAAAGUUAGCUCGCCGAGUACUUUUUUGAGGACCUUGAUCUUCGUUCGGGACAGCUACAAGUGUUUCCCUAUAUCGUGUGAUCACAAGGACCCCAGGGUAGACCUGCGAUUAUUUCAUCAGCCCCUUCCUCGUUAUUGUUAAAUACUAUAUCCAGACAACUGGAUCUGCAUCCUUCACGCUUUCGAGCGGUUAUUCAGACCGGUUGAAAGAGAGUUCAUCAAGUGCCAUUUUCAGUAGCAGUUGUCGAAUUCUUGGCUCUGGGUCCUAACAUCCCUAGGGCUCCGAUUAAGCAGCGUAGCAUUGAAAUCUCCUACAAUAGUCAUGUUUUACCCCUGACUGUCUUCGCGUAGUCCAGUGACCAGUCAUGUUUGCAUUGAAGCAUGCAGAUUGCAGGGACGAAGUCGACCACCUAGACGAAAUGGCCGGGUUAUAGCUUAAGUAAAUUGGCGCACUUUUAGCCAUUAAGUAAAGGCGAUCAAUCCGGUAGGCGCAGUGUUUCAUUUCCAAACGGUUACCUUAGCAUUCUUGGUAAAUUGGUUGGACCAGUACUGCAGGAACGUGAACUAGAGGCCUCGAAAAUUUAUCAGAUAUUCCGAGUACACCGUAAUCCUUUUAUAAUAACAUGUGUUCGACCACUUUAAUAAUCCGUAACCAUCGAGGUUCUAUGUAGCAUCACCAAUACAUCUCUAGCGCCGUCUGUCUUAAUUAAAAUUGACGACAUCAAAGGUAAUUGAGUCCGUGUUGUUUUCCAGAACGAACCUCUUAAGUGGUCGUUCUUAUAUGAACUUCUGAAUGCUUCAAGCGCCUCCAUGUAAGUUCACCCUGUCUUUACUGAUCUGGACCGGUGGCUGUAGAUCCCUACUUUAAGUUUGACCAGUCUUCAACUACGCAAACCAUAAACCACAGAACCAUAGGCGUCAUGAAGGUCACAUUUCACCAUGUUCACGUGUGAUUUCUGUUGGCUUUAUUUAUUCCGUUGCCAGGGUUGACCCUCCAACGAGGUCUGCUACUGUUGCGCUGGACGGAGACGGAGACCACGUAUACCCUAAUUUGCGUGGGCUUCUAACAGUUGCUUUACAUGUUUAUGGCAUUCGUUAGUGCCACGCCAUGUAACGCAUUAGGAAUUGCUCCAUUAACAAUCAACGGGAAGGCUUUGGCAGACUUCUGAUGUAUAAAAGAGACGGAGGGAGUGGGGCCGAUGAUAAGACACUAAUGUAAAUCCAGCGCAUUUCUUACUAAUGGCAAAUCAGAUACACCCGAAUCCCAUGUCUUACUUAGGGCGGUGAUAGUAAAGAUUGCCGGUCAACGGCAAAACUCUGUCCAAGGCUGUAUGACUUACCUAAGAUUCACAAGCCGGAUCUUCCUUGGCGGCCGAUAUUGAACAUGUGCAAUUCGCCGCACCACCCUUUUAAUUAUUUUUAUUUUGCAAAAAAGGAGACACGAUCGCUGAGACAAGAGCUUUAUUAGCGACCAUGUCUCCUUUGCGACUACUUCCUAGAACUCGCCUCUUCGCCUCUACUUUGAUUUUGUCUUACAGUCGUUGUAAACUGGAUUUGGUGAUACUAUCAGGUUGAUGGCGCGCCAAUCUGCUUUAUUCAAGCCUAAGUCACCACUGUGUCCACCCUGUGAGACAGUGACGGUCUUCGUCAAUUGCGAAGGACAAAGUAGUCGAGGGUUAUGUUCUGGUGGAAAGGUAUCCUAGACAAUCUCACCUUCAGUAAGGUUCAGCUCCUCGGCAUGCCAAACUUAAAACCUGCGUGUCUGCAGCACUCAAGUCACUGGACUCCAGGGGGCUUAUUCGUCAGCCAGCUGCUUUCGAAGUUGACCUUCGUUACAUCCGUUGCCCGUGGGCGCGCCUACUAGCCGGACGAGUUGGUCUUGCCUUCCCGGUCUUCACUUUUGCUGGUAUUGUGUUGCAUUCCCCGCCUUGCAGUGGAGCACUGUCGCUGCUUCCGCUGAAGACCAUUAUUUAACUGAGGUUUUAUGUACAGUCUCGUGAGGACGGUGGCAAGUGACUAUACCGGUCAAAGACACGCAACAUUUUUGCCGCACAGCACACGUUUUUCCAACCUGCAGGGACAAGUGGGCCUGCUGAACCGUUUUCAUUCUUUCCUGUUGUAUUAACUGUGCUUAAUUCUGCUGGGGAAACAGCCUUUACGAAACUUUACCCUACCCCUCCCGAUCCAACUGGCGUCCUAUAUCUUUACCUUUCUUUUCAUUACAGCAUCAGCCGAUCAGAAACCAACGGACUUGGCUAAUUUUACCACCGAGCGAUCUCAACGCAAGCAACUCCUGCCGCCUUACAGUAUCACUGCUAAAGCACCGGUGGAGGCUUACCCCCUCCAGGAGUUUGCUCCACCGUCCUGCUUCUCGGCUCUCCGCGAGGAAGCGAUGAGGCUUGCCGGUGCUGAUGCAGCUACGUGCCAGAAGUGGCUGGCGGAUUCCACCUACCCACACUUUAUACUUGAUCGUUUGAACUAUCUUCCAGUGGAUGAGAAGAACAGCGCUUCCUCCGCCAACUCCACGGCUCGUAAGCGCUCCCGUAAGGACGCAGGCGGCGCCACCAGGUCUCGUCUGGAUGUGGCCACCAGCCUGGCACUCCUCAGUCACAUGUUUCACCUCUUUAAGCUGCGACCACGCGACUUGCAACAAAAGCAGCCACUGGCCAGGACUCCUCCUCCUGUUGCCCGUCAUCUGCUCAAUGAAUUCACAAUCAUGAUGGCUCGGGAAGGCCUUGAGCGUGUAAAAGUGAGGUAGGCUGUGUGUACGGGUCCCAUGUUCUAACCUGACCUGUGUGCAUGUGCUCGUAUUUGUCCCCUCAAAUGGGGGUUAAGCUGUUGCGUCGGGCGUAAGGGGGAGGGGUGAGACAGGUGUAUGACACACAUUAGACGGACACUAUGUAACUGCCUCAUCUCUGCACUAAGGUUAACUCAGUUGUCGGAAAAUACUAUUGCCUACAACAGUCCAGGUGACUUAUUAUUUCUUACGGUAUCUACCGCUGCUAGCCGAAUACCAUCCAACCCCAACUCAAGAUAACCUGGGACUCGGACUCCAACUCUGGUCACUAAAUACUGGGUCAAAUUUUAUACUUGACAGAAGGGUAUAAUUCGGUUUUCAGGAAAGUUUCGGAUUAUGAGAUUUUUGAAGACCGUGAAAUACCUCCCCAUAAAGCAUCGUGUUUCUGCAUUUACUAAUAUUGCUUGUAAAGUUUACAAUAUGGCUCAAAUCAACCGCUAAAUUUUAUGAAACCAAUAUGCUUGCCUCUCAAUAGUGUGUAUAAAUGUGUGAUUUUCUGUGAACGGAAAAUAUACAGCCCGUAGUUUGGAAACCCUGGAUGCGAGCGUAAGGGCAGGUUUGAUCCAAAAUUACUUGGGAAUUGUGAAGGUUUUUUAAAACCGAAGUAUAUUUUUCCUUUAAGAAUAAAAUUUGGAGAAGAUGUAUUUCUCUUUCAAAUGAGUAAAAUAAUGAAUAUUUUCAUGCAUGUCUUCUGUGAAAUAUAUUUGAAUACAAAAGAACAUCAAAAAUAAAUGAUAAAAAUUCGUGCUACUUAAGUAGUCAUUUGUUACAGAGAGUACUUUUCUGCAGGCGGUCAGCAGCACGCAGUUCGUUCAAAAGCAUCCUGCAGCAACUGAAUUAUUUUGGGUUUACUUUGCAUGCUGAUUAUUGUUACAACCCUACCUAAGUAAUCUUUUCGAGUCGAAAACGCAUUGCGGAAUUUCGUCCUAUGUUCUAACUUAUCCUCACAUAGGUUGACCUGUGUGCACGUACUCGUAUUUUUCUCCUCAGACCCUCAAAUGGGGGUGAAGCUGCUGCGUCAGGUUUAAGGGAGAGGGGUGAGACAGGUGUAUGACAAACAUUAGACGGACACUAUCUAACUGCCUCAUCUUUGCACUAAGUUUAAUUCAGUUCUCGGAAAAUACUAUUGGCAGCGGCAACCACGUCAGGCGUGAGAGGGACACAAGGCACGCCAGUCCGCCGGUAAAAUGACCACAGGAACCAGGGUUUUAUUGGCCUGACCUUUCGAAAGCAUACAGGCUUCUGUCAUCGGAGGUGGGUUGCGUACGGCGCGUCACAGUACUUAAGGGUUUUUCUUCGUGCUGGCGCGUCAUUCACUUCCAGCCCUCUGCGUCAAGAGGUUGACGAUCGUUGUCAUGGUGACAUCGGCUCCUCCUCAUCCUUUGUUCAGUGUAGGGUGGGGGACGGCGUCGAAAUGACGGCGGCCAUUGCUCUUGUCUACAUUGUCCGUUUUCCGCCCUCUACUUGAAGGUGGAGUGCUAGAUAUUUCCGCUGGGAUUGAGUGUUAGUACUUCCGAAUAGUUAAAGGAAACACGCAUUUGUAUCACAACUAUGGUUUUCCAAAGUCAUGGGGUGGGGUUUACAUUUGCUUGUUUCUUCAGCCAAUCUGCUCGCGUCUCUGUGUUUAUAGUAUUUUCUGCCUUCUUCCAAUUCUAUGGUUCCUGCGUGUUCAAAUCUCCUUUACCAGAGGAAUAUUGCACUUUUUAGGACAAUGACCCCAACACUGCGUGACAAACUGUUGUAUCACAUUGUGGUUCUCCUACUCCACUGCGAUGAUUUCACAACCACCAUUGAUGACUUGACUGUGGACUUCAAACUCCCAUCGGAUCGGUCGGUCGCUUUUGUUUUCUUACGCAAAAUCACAAAGCAUAUUGGUUUGAUGGGGUUUUUUUGAAAAUAAGCUCAACCUCAGAGACAGUAGGCGCUAAUGCAUAGAAAAACUUGCUUGCCGCCAGCACUAGGGGCUUACCGAGUUUUAUACCCUUUUAGCGAAAUUUUCUUUGUCAGAGAGCUUGACGUUACUCAGUAAUAGACGCAGUAUACUGCACACAAUUGGUAAUGACCUCACAUGCCGGUUUUUGGCGCCAUAUGCCAGAUUUCUCGCCUUUUGGCAUAUCUGACCUUAAAAUGUGUUUUGUUUUUAGGCUAAAGAAGUACUUCGUAUUUGUUGGAUGUCGCCUUUCUAAACAAGACCCUUCCAAAGACGCAGAUUCUGCAGACAAAUCCGCUUUAGAGGCUUCCAGUCGACCAAAGACGAUAGCGCGGCUAAUGACGCCGCUUGUUUUUAAGGACGCAAAACCCCUUGCAUAUAAACGAUGA